UCGCGCGUAUGUGCUUCGAGAGAGCGAGCGAGAUAUAGCCACCUAGCCUAACCCCGCCGGCCGAACUUCAUUCCACGCCGACUGACCAUCACCGACGGGCCGUCUGUCUCUCUACUCUCGUCGGCGUAGUCUGCAGUACUCCGACGGCGCGAGUAUAUCGAGAGCUCCGACAGACGUUAUCCCCGAUAGUGACGGAUAUAGCUGUACCUUCGGAGGGGAGUGAGUGAGAGAGCCAGAGGAAAAAAGGAGGGAGAGUGCGACUGGAGGGUUGAACCGAGCCCUCGAGACAGAGAGAUCGGUCGGGAUAAGCGAUCGGUCGACCAGCUGGACUCGCCAAUUUUCCGCGGAGCUUCGAUCAUCCUGCCUUUGGUGAACAGUCGAGACACUUUUGCAGGCUAUACUCUAAUGUGCUGUGUUCAUUUCGUUGUAUAAUCCAGUGACAAAGUGCGAUCGCAGCCCUCCGAUGGACACGGGAACUAGCGAGUAGAUAGUGACGGAAGUGUGCGCCGAUUUUUGGUACCGGAUCUUGAAAACUUGAUGACAGCGUCGUUUUCUCAACCCGCGAGACAGAGUGACAGUUUGUGAGAGAACUCGUCGAUCGUCGCAGCGUACCGAUUUCGAAAAAUUAACCACACAAGUCAUGGACAUGUCCGAGGACUGCUGGGCCGAGCACGUGGGACUGUUGCAGGACGUACCGGGAGCCACAGAUCAGCAACAACACCAUCCCCAGCCGCCGCCUCCUGUACCUGAUUUUCUCAUGCUGCCGCACAGCCAUCAUCACGAGCUCCUGGUGAGCGGCGGCCAGCCGACAACAGCGACCUCACCGUCGAUGUCGUCAGCGGGCGCGUUGAGUCCCGGGGCGUUAUCGCCCUCGUCGACAGCGACGACGGCCACGACGACCGGAGGUGGCAGCAGCACGACGACCGGCGGUGCGAGUACCCCGGUGGGCGCCGCGGGUGGCGGCACAACGACGGCCGCGGCGUCGGCGACGAGCAGUGGGCCAGGCUGCUGCGAAAACGGCCGACCCAUGAUGACCGACCCCGUGACAGGGCAAACCGUCUGCUCCUGUCAGUACGACAGCGCCGCGAGGCUGGCCCUCGGCGCGUACCCCAGACUAGGACCCGGAGCAACGUCCUACUCGUCGUACCCCACGCCGACGCCGUCGGGCAGCGACCAGGGACCUUACCCCAGUAUCGGCAUGGAUAGUUCGGCCUUCUAUUCGCCACUGGGAAAUCCGUACGGACUGAAGGACGCGACGGGGAUGGGAAUGACGGCGGACAUGGGCGCUGCCUGGGGAACGGCGGCGCUUCAGCCUGCGGCAACCGGCUACUACCCUUACGAUCCGACGCUCGCCGCCUAUGGAUACGGCGCGGGCUACGACCUGGCGGCGAGGCGGAAAAACGCGACGAGGGAGUCGACGGCGACCCUCAAGGCCUGGCUGAACGAGCACAAGAAGAAUCCCUACCCCACCAAGGGCGAGAAGAUCAUGCUGGCGAUCAUCACGAAGAUGACGCUGACGCAGGUAUCCACGUGGUUCGCCAACGCCAGGAGACGACUGAAGAAGGAGAACAAGAUGACCUGGGAGCCCAAGAACAAGACGGACGACGACGACGACGCGGUGCUCACGGACUCUGAGGACAACAAGGACAAGGACGACAUGGGCAGUGAUAACAGGCAGGACAGGGUCGGCGACGACGCCAGGCGGGGACUCGACGAUAACGAACCGAUGCGUCACGUCAAAGCCGAGCACAUGCAGCACGACAAGGACCUCGACGACGAGGACGACCUGGACCUCGAGGACGACCCUCGCCGAGUCGGUGAGCAUCCCUACCACCAUUCGAUGCACCACCACCAUCAUCACCACCACCACCAGGGCUACGGGCCCGACGACCACCUCAAGGACGAGAGCCUCAAGUCGGACUGCAACGCUGCCGGCGUCCCGAUCCCCGCUACGAAGCCCAAGAUCUGGUCCCUAGCCGACACGGCCGCCUGCAAGACCCCACCACCACCUUCUCAUCCUCACCACCAUCAGUACCAGCUGCACCACCAGCAUCAGCAACAGCAGCAGCACUACGCGCAGCAGCAACACCAUCAGCAGCACCAGCAGCAGCAACAACAGCAGCAGCACCAUCACCUCGCGGCCAGCCAGCCCCACCACCACUCGCAGCAGCCCUGGCUGGGAGGUGGUGGGGGUAGUGGAGCCGACGUGGGCGCCACCAGCGGUGGGGGCCUCAGCGGCUUCGCGCUGCCCUCGUCCGCCUCGAUGAGUCCCUCAUCGGCGGCGACGGCGCCCUACAGCAGCACCGGCGCCCGCUACGGCGGCUUCCUCUCCUCGUCCUCCGGUGGUCAGCUCCACUACAACCCAAACUCGUCGUCGAGCAGCAGCGCCUCCUCUUCGGCGGCGGCGGGGUUUCCCGAGGUUGGCACGGAUACCCCGCCACAGACGCCGCCCAACAUGAAGGUCACCACGGCUACGCCGAACGGCGUGAUCCAGGGCCCGCCGGCAGGGUACUGCCCUGGUGGCAACAGCAAUACCCCCAGUAAUGGGCCCGUGGGCUCCGCGAACACCGGACAUUACGUGGCGGCAGCCACGGCGCCGAGUCACGCGGCGGCGACCGUCGGCGGCUACAUGCAGCAGAGCCAGGCCAACGGGGGAGUCGGGGCUGGCGCGGGAGGCUUCAGCACCAGGUUGCAGAACUCGCCCCACAAGGACUUUGCCCCGGCGUCGGCGCAGAAUUCGAUACUCCACCAGCACCAGACCACUGCCAGCCUGCCGCCCACGGAGGCCACUACCGCCUUCAAACCGUUCUACAAGGGCACUCAAAGCAUGGGCAGUGGAUUCGUGUCGCCGGUGUAAGUCGAGCAUUGGCUACAGAGUCAGCUCAUCGUUUGAAGUUCAGCGACAACGAGCCUGCAGGCAGUAACCUCUCGACCGUAGCAGCAAGCCAACAGUCUCAAACCAGAGCCGCGUUGUCUCGAGAUUUACGCCGUCUGCUGCAGCAGCAGCGGCGGCGGGCCAUCGGACGCAUAAAUCGCGAACGAGAGUAAGCCCUGCCGCCGCGAGGAUUACGCCCGGGGAUUAGGGAAUCAACCUGGCUGAUCUACAGCGCCGGAGAAAACUCGCCCCAGUGAAGCUGCUGCUACUGCUGCUGCCACUUUUUCCGGCGGCGCCACUCAUACACGCCUCCCUCCCCGGUACAAGUGUUUUAAUCUCGUUUAGGGCCCUGAUUUCGGAUUCCCUUUCGAUUUUUAUUUCUCGUACACACUACGCGACAUUUUUCUCACAUACACCCACAUACACACACACACACACGGGCAACGUGCAAGGCAAACACAGCGGCACCUCGUAAAUAUAUUAUAAAUAUAUACAUAAGUUUUAACGAAAUGGCAGAACUGUUGUUACUAUGAAUUUAUUAUUAUUAUUAUUAUAUUAUUUUGAUCAUUAUUAAUUUUAUUAUCAUUAUUAUAAUAUUAUUACUAUCGUUUAAAGUCACAACCACGUACGCGGUACAAACGCACGACCGCGCGGCGCGAGGAGAGUCUUUUUUGUAAAUAUGUCACAUACUACUGCGGAGAGAAUAUAUGCAAAACUAUUAUACAUAGCGGAGAGAGCUCGAGUGCACGACAGGAGUGAGGCGCUGCGUAUAUGAAAUAUAGAUAUAUAUAUACAUAUAUACAUACACAAAGUGAAAUAUGUAUCCAGAUUAACGGGCGACGACCGAUCGGACGAGCUAUAUUAUAUGCUUCGACGCGCGUCUCCUAUAUAAUACUUUUAUUUCCCCGGAUCGAGGCGCAUAUAAGAUUAAUGACACGUGGUUCAGACACGCGAAAGAGGGGGGCGGUUUUAUCAUCAUAUCGAAAAGCUUGAUCACAACAUCUUUGCGCGCACACAGGUUUGCUUUGUUUCUUUGGAAUUUCACCACAGCGUUGGAAUGAUCGAGUGUUGAAUUAAAGAUACUGUAUAACUUCUGCACCGAUCGCUCACGUUCAGUAUUCAACUAUUUAAAGAGAAACUAUGAUAAAAACGAAUCUACAAUAGCUUAUUACCUUGUAAGGCAGAGACGCGCAGAAUCUGUCGACUUUGAAUACGAAGAUAUAACAUAACACAGUUGUAAUAAUAGCAUCAUCGAUAUGUGCGCGGUGUAAUAACUUUUACCAGAUACCGACGUUCAACGAAAUCUCCAACUACCUAUACUGUAUACACGUAUUAUCAUUAUUAUAAUAUUCAAAUGUGUUUCUAACAGAAUCGAAAAGCUGACGUUUUCUCUAACAGCUAAGAUAAUUAUAUAUAUAUAU